CGAGAGAAGAAGGAAGCAAAAUUGGAAACUGUAGAUAGAAGUGGAGAGAGAGGAAAUCUAGAGAGAGAGAGAGUGGGAGGGGGGAAGGGAGGGUGAUCUGAUGACGAUGGACAGAGAGAAGGAGAGAGAGGUAGAGCUGGAGAGCGCAAUGUACACCAACUGUUUGCUGUUAGGGCUCGAUCCGUCCAUCAUCGGCGUCGGAGCCAACAACGGCAGCAGUACUCCUCGCGUCGGCCUCUUCCGCCACUCCAACCCCAAAUUGGGAGAACAGCUUCUCUACUUCAUCUUGUCUUGUCUCAGAGGACCACUUCAAUCCGCCAAAGACUUUGACAGGGUUUGGCCGAUUUUCGAUUCAGCGCAGUCCCGUGACUUCCGGAAGGUUGUGCAAAGCAUAAUAAGUGAGCUGGAAUCACAAGGGGCACUUCCAAGGAGCAAUUCGAGGGUUUCGUCCCUAGCGACGUGUUGUGGACCGAGAUUUGUUGAACUAUUGUGGCAACUUUCUUUACAUGCUUUGCGGGAGGUUCAUAGACGAACAUUUGCAUCUGAUGUAGCUUCUAACCCACUGCCUUCUUCACUGACUGAUGUAGCUUUCUCGCAUGCAGCUACGCUACUUCCUGUAACAAAGGCUAGAAUAGCACUUGAAAGAAGAAGAUUUCUGAAAAAUGCCGAGACAGCAGUCCAAAGACAGGCUAUGUGGUCAAAUUUGGCUCAUGAAAUGACAGCAGAGUUUCGUGGUCUUUCUGCUGAAGAGGCUUAUUUGCAGCAAGAAGCGGAAAAACUACAUGACCUGAGGAAUAAAGUAAAGGUGGAAGGGGAACUGUGGGAUGAACUCGUAUCUAGCUCAAGUCAGAAUUCGCAUUUAGUUCAAAGAGCCACUCGUUUGUGGGAUUCUAUAUUAUCUCGAAAGGGUCAACAUGAAGUUCUUGCCUCAGGUCCUAUUGAGGACCUGAUAGCUCAUCGAGAGCAUAGGUACCGCAUAUCUGGAUCAGCUUUGCUUGCAGCUAUGGAUCAAAGUUCUCAGGUACCUCAUACGGAUGCGUUGUCUGUCCAACCUGGAAAUAUGUUAGAUGACGAAGUAUACACAGAUGGAUCAUGUUCCAACACCAAUAGAGAGAACUCAAAUAAUGGUUUUGAUUCUUCUCGUGUGCAAAACGAGGAAACAUUUUCUCGAGUGGAUGACAGAAGUGGAAGAGUCCACCCCACGGUUGAUAUAGCAGAAAUUCUCAGGCGUUGGACGCAUGCAUUGCAACGCAUUCAUAAACAGUCACUUCAUCUGACAAAAGCAAAAGAUGGGGAGGGUCCUGAGCUUCUACGAACUUCACAUAGCGACAGUAGUAGUGGCCAUGCUGAAUCAUUGGCAGCAACUCUUGCUGAACAUCGGCAACACUUGGCUAGCAUACAGGUGCUCAUAAAUCAACUAAAGGGUGUCGCCCCAGCCAUACAAAAUUCAAUAACGGAGUUCACAGAGGAAGUGAAUAGUAUCAAUCUUCCCCCAGCUUCCAAGCAUCAUGGCAGAUCAACCUCACCUAUAACAGCACAGAACAGCGGAAGAACGGUGGAAAGUAGCAACAAUGAGGCUGCUGAUGUGGGUUCGAGAUUGUCAACAGUUCAGCUUGACAAAGUGUCAGCCAGUCCCCCUGCUUUAAAGCUCCCUCCUUUGUUUAGCGUGACACCAAACUCGUCUGGGAAAGUUGGGAACGUGCAAAAGCGACUCACCUUAGCUCAAACUUAUCAAACAGAAAAUAUAUCAGAAAGGAAGUCUGUGGACCAGGCUCAAUCAAUCAAUCACGUCCAUUAUGCCCUGCAAGACAGUGACGAUUCUUACAUCCAGAGCCUAAAGCGGUCUGUCAGAGAAGCAGCUCUGUCAACGCAAACUUGCAAUUUGGAAUUGUCACAGGAAAUUCAAUCUGAAGAUAGCUCUCAGCACUUCUUUGUUCCCCUUUCAGCAACUGGGUUUUCUCGUCUUGGCCCAGAUAAAAAACUAGGUUCAACAAGGAGUAAAGUGUUGUUUGCGUCUCAAGACCCUUCAGUUGAUAAUCAUGCUCCAGAGGGUCAUGCUCAGACAAAGUACAAUGGAUCAUCUCAUGUUUUAGAUGACUUGGAUUCAUUUCAGGAGUUUGACCGGAUAAAUGGUUUUUUUUCGGCUGCUGGGUCAAAUUACGCUGUUUCAGAUUCACAGAAGUCAUAUUUUGACACGGAGGAAGCUCAGGAUCAAGUAUUCUCGCCUCUUUUGCUAAUGGACACAUCACUGUUGGCAGAUUCUUAUGAAGACUUGCUAGCACCAUUAUCAGAAACUGAAACGGCCUUGAUGGAGCACUGAAAGUCAAAUUGUGGGCAGGCCCAGUGUUGUAUUUUCCAGGAGACAUAUCAGUCGCUGCUAACUUAUCUAUCAAUUGUUCAGUUGAGAUUUGAGAUGUUCUUCACACCAUUUGUUUCGUGUACGAAAUAGCAGUCAUACAAAUCUGAGUGUCUUCUUUCAGACCAUUUCUGCCCUCCCACGAUGUGGCACUUUCUGCAUCCAGUGUUCAGGAUUGGAGAGGGAUGGUCAUUUGCAGGAUGCUGUACAUUUCCGGACAUGAAACUAUAUCGUGCCAACUGUUUCAGUUGUUGGAGGCUAAAAAUCACUGACGGGGGGCUUUUGGUUAUUUGACUACGAAGGGUUAGUAAAAGAUCUGGGAGAUCUUACAAUUCCCAUAGUUUGCCCCCAUGGUGUUCCAUGGCAAAGUUUUCAUUGUUAAACUACCUGUAUUGGUAGACUCUCAAGGGGCAUUGUCGAAGAACUAAUCUAUUUGUAUUUGUUGUUGUUAUAUAAUAGAUUCAAUUUCAAUUCAAUAAAAUGUGAAUAUUUACUAUCUACAA